AUGGAAUUAUUUGAAAGUUUGGAAGAGGAGGCAUUACUUGCAAUGGUGGAUAAAUAUUGCUCGGAAUCAGUCGAUAAUCCUUUCGAAUCAGAUAUUAGGAAGUUUGAUGCUACGGUUAUCAACGAAAAAGCUAUUAUUGACAAACUGAUUGAUAUUUAUCCUAAUUCUGUUGCACCACAAUCCGUUGCAAUACUUGAUGCACUGGUCUAUAAAAUGAGUGGUCCAUACAGGCAUGCCAAAUUUUGGAGGUUCACUCGUCGUGUCUUAAAGGAAUUAAAUAAGCUGAAUUCAUUGAAACUCAACAAAUAUUUGAAAAAUAUCUCAAAGGAUAUGCUGAAAUCAGAGAUGCAUUACAGUUUGAAUGUUUGUGCAAAGCGGUACAUAGCAGCAGUGUUAAUUUCGAGAGCAGUCCGUAGUUGCAGGCUUCGAAAUCUCUGUGAACAGGCUGCCUCACACUGUCUUCAGCAUAUACAGACCGGCCAUCUGUUACAAUCAAAUUUACUGUUGUUGGCACUGAAUGCAGAUGUGUAUGAUGCUCUCAAGAAGAAUAUGGCCAAAAUAGUAGAAUGUUAUGAUUGCUUGCAACCGUUUCUUACCGAUUUGAAUCUGCUACAUAUCAGAAGAUUAUUGGUGGCAGCAAAUAAUACAUUUCAAAGUAGCAGAUAUUUGAUUUCAACACUAAACUCAUUUCGCUCGAUUGCUGGGAUAUGUGGUAUUGAAGAAAAUGAAUAUACUGAUUUAUUAGCUUCCACCAGUACAUCAAAGACAAACAAGUGGAUGCCAACAUAUCAUGAAGAAGACUAUAACCACUAUUUCAGCAAUCACCUCAGUAGUCAUAUUUCCACCUCUAGUUACAAACAAUUGAUCACUGAAAGUGUAAUAUUAUCUGCAAUUAUCUACGGUGUAAUCGUCUUGAAAUUCCGAAAGCAGAAACAUACAUGGUUAACUGAACAACAGAAAGAGAGAAUAAUCGCAGAAUGGAAACCAGAGCCAUUGGUGCCAGAAAUUCCAGCAGAACAUUCAGCCCUAGAAACACAUUACUUUGAUGGGAAAGUGAGCAAAUUCGUUAUCUAUGAUGGUAAGGAAUAUUUGAAUUUAGCGACAACAAAUUUUUUGGGAUUGAUUGGUGACAAAACAGUUGAGGAAGUUGCAAAAGAAGCAAUUGCAAAAUAUGGCGUUGGUUCAUGCGGACCACGUCAUUUUUAUGGCACGGUGGAUGUGCAUCUUGCAUUAGAGAAGCAACUUGCCGAUUUUUUAGGAUGUGAGGAAGCGGUGCUUUAUAGUUAUGGUUUUGUAACUAUUUCCAGUGCUAUACCAUCAUAUGCAAAAAAAGGAGAUGUUAUUUUUGUAGACAAAGGAGUGAAUUUUGCUAUACAAGAAGGACUCAAAGCAUCUAAAAGUCGUAUCGAAUGGUUCAAUCACAAUGAUGUCAACGAUUUAGAGAGAUUAUUAAUGGAACAGGCUGAAAGAGACCGUAAAUUUCCAAAAUUAGCAUCAAAAACAAGACGAUUUAUGGUGGUCGAAGGACUUUACAUGAAUAGCGGUGAUUUGUGCCCAUUGCCAGAACUUAUGGCUUUGAAAUGGAAAUAUAAAGUACGUAUCUUUAUUGAUGAAUCAUUAUCCAUUGGUGUUAUUGGCAAAACAGGAAGAGGUUAG